GGCGAACGAAAGUGGGGCAGAGGAAACAGGGCAGGAGCAGUCCGGGGGUUCAGUCGUGUACGGUGCCAGUUCAUCGGGCGAGGAGGAAAAGCAAAAAGAAAACCAGGCCGCAGCUCUCGCUGCAGUAGUUUCGAAAGAAUCUGUUGGGCGACCCGUGUUGCCCGCCCCGGCGGAAAAGGUAGUGGCGCCUGCGAAACAAGAGCCGCCGCGUCCGGUUGUGAGUUUAGUAGAUGAAGCCUUUGCAGCGGAUCGUCCGGCAGGCCCGUCUUCAUCCUCAAAAUCAGCAGUGCAGUCUGAGGACGACAAAAACCUUCGUCCUGUGGCUGCACUGGAAGCACCAUCAUCUUCAUCAGCGCGAACAGGUCCUGAUUUUUCCGCCAGUGUACUAGUUGCGGAAGAUUUAUUUCCUGCUCCUGGUGUGCCCCCGAGAAAAAAUAUAGGACCGCCAGAACGAACAGACGGAGCGGCUUCAACUUCCCUCUCUCAACCGCCAGACGCCGCAAACGCACAAGGUAAAGCUGCUGUUCCACCAUCUUCGGAGGAGCUGGGAAUCAAGAGCGCAAAGGUCAUCAUAGGCGAGGACUUCGACGUUGAUGGAAACAUCACAAAUUCCAUGGCCGCCAUGAGCCCAGAAGAGGUUGCAGAAGUAGAGGAAAUCGAACUUGAGAAUCGGCAGAACGCGACUAGUAUUCAUUGCAGAUACAAUGUCUGGAUCCGGAACUUGUGAUGCUUGUCUUGCAUUUUUCAACAAUCUGUCGUGUAGUUGCAUAACCGAUAUUAAAAGUGAAGCUGCUUUCGUAAUGCAAAAAAGCAGCUUUUCAUGAUCGAUGUGGAGGUGCACUAUGAAUGCGAUUAGAGGAGCGCUCUAAAAAAUUGUAAACACAAUUGGCAGGUGCGCUUAGAGCUCCUCCUGCAUUCUCAUUCAUCGGUAAAGCUUCAACCACAAGUUUCCAGACCCAGACACCUUCUCAAUGCAUAAUCAACCUCGCAAACCAGAUCGCGGUGGAGAGCCUAAAUCCUGCCGUCGAACGACUCCCCAGCAUUUUGGAGGUUCUUCAUGAGGAGGAAGCGACAAGCUCUGCGGCUGAGAACUUAAACGAUGCCAACCGCAGCGCCGCAAAUGAGGCUGAGCACGCGAAUGAUCUCAGCUCCGAUGAUUUUCGCGAGGGGGAACACAGCAUGGCAGACACCAAUCAUGAUUUUCGCGAGGGGGAGCAUAGCAUGCCAGAAGCAGGUGAAGAUAAAGCAGCAGCAGGCGAAACUACAAAAUCACUGACAAAAAAUCAAGCACCACAAGAACUACGAGCAGACCCAGCCGGAGAAGCUGAAGACGCGCCACCGCCGACGCUUACACUUACAGCAAGCAAAUCAGCAAGAGGCGCUGCAGAUGAAAAUCCUCCAGCUGGUGCAGAAAGAACUUCUUUGGUAGUCGACAUAGAAGAGAAAGUUGAAGAAGAAAAAGGAGCUAUCCUGUGCAAAAGUUGUAUCGUACUCGUAUAAAUGCAAGUCUUGCAUCUUGCUCUUAAGGUAGAUCCGCAUUACAAGUUUUAUUUCUCAUGCUGGCAAUGCAUUUAUACGAGUGCGAUACUUUUGCAAUGCAUAGGAGCCACAGAAGAACAACUUCUCCUCCGUCCGUCCGCCGCGGAACAAUCCCACGAGAUCCGCUCCGAAUGGUACAAAGCCAUGACAAACUAUCCCAAGAAAAAGUGAUAACGCUAACGGAGUUUGCGAUGCAGAAACUCAUCACACGAUCAAGACGUGUCAGAAUUUGUCAUGCAUAGCAUGCAUAUUGGGCUACAUUUGUGAUGCAUGGCUGCAUUCUGUGAAAACCGUUAACGUCAACACUUUUUCCUGUGAUACAAACAGCCGGACCAAUCUGAUGGCCGCAAGAACUACUUCCUUUUCGACGUCGCAGCAGCUAAAGCAACUGCAGCUACCACCGAACCUUUACCAACAAAACUGGUCGGCAUCAAACUAUAUGAACUGCAAAAGUAUCGUACUCGUAUAAAUGCAUUACAAACUUCCCCAGCAUGAGAAAUAAAAUUUGUCAUGCGGAUUUACUUUAGAAAAAAACUUUGUAAUGCAAGACUUGCAUUUAUACGAGUACGAUACUUUUGCACAGGAUAAACUACUACCCUUCCCCGGACCCGACGUCCCGGCUUGCCACCGUAUGAAAGGGUGAGGACCGAAAUCGCCAAAGUUGAAAAAACUUGUGAUGCAUAAAAUGCGAGACGCGAAGUGCCUGUCUUGCAGAGCACGCAACUGAGGCCGAUUAUCAGUCUGUUUGGGGUCUGAGAUAUUAGAGCUGCUAAAGUAGCAUGAUAAAAGCAGUCUUCUCUGCUUAGACAGCAUGACAAAUUGGAUUUAGAUGCUGCCAAGUAAAUUUGUCAUGCGCACAUUGCAAACUGAGCUCCAGCUGGUAUUGCUUUUUUGCAUUACAGAUUAUUUCAAAUUUCACGAGUUCGAUUCUGACACUCCCAUCCACCGCGUUUGCGGCUUUGUCCGAAAACUCUCGCUUUACCCGCGAGUGCCAACUAUGGAAGCGUCAGGAUCGAAAUCGACAAAGUUGAGAUGUUUUGUCAUGCAUAAAAUGCAGCCCACAAAGUGCCUGUCUUGCAGAGUAGGCAAGUGAGGCAGAUUGUAAGCCUGUUUAAGGAUAGAAACUGAGCUGCUAAAGUAGCAUGACAAAAGGCGUCUUCCUUACCCAAACAGCAUGACAAACUGGAUUUCGGCUCUACCCAAAUUUGUCAUGUGUCACUUGGAAGCUGGGCUACAACUGGAAUCCAUUUUAUGCAUGGCAAACCAUUUCAACCUUGUCGAUUUCAAAGCUGGCGCUUCCAUACCAACGCGUUCUGGAGUACAAGGCGCUGGGGAAAGUCGUCUACGUAUCCUGAGUAAAAACGUACCCACACCAGAGUUGUAAUGCAGAUUUGCAAAGACAGGAAGACUUGUAAUGCGCAUCCCCAUGAGAGCCAUUUUCAAUCGUGUUUUGGAAUUUGUGACGCUGUGAACAGGAUGAGCAGAUGAAUCUGUGACGCGGCUGCACUUGCUAACCUGCACUACACUGCAUCGCGCAACUUGUCAUGCGUGACUCGCAAAACUCUUUUUAGGCUUGUGUUGCAAAAUCCCCAUCCUGACUCUGGUGUGGGUACGUUUUUACUCAGGAUACUACGUCAUCAUCUUAACCGUGUUUCUAUUCGUCGCGAUCGCGUGGCUGCUACUCUGGGCCUACUUCUACUUUGCGGUAAAUUUUCGGGAUCAGAAGUUUUUCGACGAGGAUGGGGAGACAGACAAGAUCAAAGAGGCCUUUCAGGACCGGAAUCUGCCGUUAUGAGAGUGCACAGGUUGUCGUCGUCCUCCCGCUCAUUUGUAUAUGCAUGAACAGCAAUAGAACUGGUGGCAAUAGUGCAGAUUUCGCAUGACAAAUCCACACAACAGGGCUGUACUGCUUUUUGGGCCAUAGCUGCAACUUCCGGAACCUGUCAUGCAAACAGUGCCAAGAAGGCAACAAGCCUGGACUUGACUUCUCACAUGACAAAUCACGGGGACGAGGGGGUGUUGUGCAGUCUCAUACCCGUGGCACGCGCUGUACAUCGCGUGGAGCAGCUGGAUAUGCAUUGCAAAAGUAUCGUACUCGUAGUAAUUGGAAUUAUGCAUUAGAAAUCUCCAUCUCAAGGUAAAGCGGCAUGACAAUUUCCAUUAAUUCCAUUUGUCAUGCUGAAGUAAUUUGUAAUGCAAGAAUUACUACUAGCACGAUGUUUUUGCAAUUCAUACUGGACUAACUGCGGACUGAUGCUGUGGGGCCAGUCUAUCCUAUCCUGUGCAAAAGUAUCGUACUCGUAUUGCAAUCAUGCAUUACAAAUUUUGUUCUUAACCUUAAUCAGCAUUACAAAUUUUAUUUCUCAUGCUGAGGAAAUUUGUGAUGCAUUUAUACGAGUGCGAUACUUUUGCAGUUCAUAUAUCCAAGUGCUAAACAACGACAUUUUCUGUCUGAUGCUGUUGUCCUAUGAGAGUGCACAACUCUCCCUUCUCCUCAUUUGUAUUGCAUAAACGGCAAUACAAACACCCGCACAUGUGGAGCCUGUGCAUGACAAGCUCAUGCGCGUACUAAUGUAGUACUGUUUGGGCUUCAUCCGGAAUCUGUCGAAUCUGUCAUGCAAUCAGUACCACAGGGCAGCGCUUGGAUUUGGUGUUUUGCAUGACAAAUGAGGGGGAGCGGGGGUUGUGCACUCUCAUAUGCCCUUGGUCGUUCUCGCCGGGAACUCGUUUUUCCCGUUGUUUUAUCCUGUGCAAAAGCAUCGCGCUCGCAGUAAUUGCAGUCACAUGCAUUACAAAUCUCGCUCCCAAGGCAUAUCAGCAUAACAAAUUCCAUUUGUCAUGCUGAGCGAACUUGUACUAUUGCAAUUACUACUAGAACUAAAGCGCUAUUACUUUUGCAACGCAUAUGUUGCUGAGACUGGUGCUCGUCAUCCUUCGCGAGUUCGCUUUUCGUUUUCCGGAAAAGCAGAUCACGAUCAGUGAGCUGCUGGCUGGGGAUGACGCGAGCGGGGAGGCGGCGUUGUGUCCAGUGUUGGCCGAGAAGGAAAAUGAUGUUGACGGGGAAGUAGAUGCUCUUGACCUACUCGAUUCAUCUGAAAAUCUUGGUAACCUUGAAGAUGUGAAACCAGGACCAGGAGCAUCCAAAGGUAAGACGGGUGAACCUCGUAAGAUGAUGAGCCAGGAGGUGGACGUAGCGCAAGCGAAGCCGGAUGUUAUUGCCGGACUAUCUGCAUCUGCCCCAGAUCAUGAGCUAAAAGUUGCUGCCACGACGACCGCGAGCAGCGUUGCUGCAAACCCAAAUUCCUCGUCCAACAAGCCGACUUAUAGGGUCAGCAAGGACAACAAACCCCUUGUGCGGCUACGUGCCAACCGCAAGCCGACGCGUACUUCCACGGCGUUAGCGAUUGAGGAGGCGGCCGUUGGGGAGCAGGAGCACGAUGAUGCACAAACAAAGUUGGACAAGGAAAUAGAUCGUCCAGUUGCACCUUCUCCUGCCGACAAAACAACCGGAUCGGCAUCAAUCACGACUCUGACAACUCCUGGUGUCCAUAAAGAGCUACAAAAUAAACCACCCACCGGUCGUCCUACGGACCUAGACGCGCUGUCCCCGGUCACGCUCGCGCAGACCGUCCGCCGGACUUCCUUCCUCGAUGUGGCGACGAGAAUAGAUUUGCUGCGCUCCGAGUUGGCACGAUUGAAGAGAAAGAAGUCGCAACUGGAGCUCGAAGCAGCUGCUGCGAGUGUGGACCAUGUUGUUGAAACUACAGCAAUUGAUAUGGAGGAAGAAGAUGAAGAUGACGAUCUGCUCAACAAAGCUCCAGCUCACUCGACGUCAUUUGGUACUGCAUCUGGUUCUAAGGCGAACACGAACUCGCGCCGGGACAAAUUGAAGACCUCGGGGAACAAGAAGCAGCACCUCAAGAAGACCACGCCCCUCCGUGAGCACGAGAGCAUCGUGAGUGCGUGCAACAAGAUUCAAGUCCUGACGGAGAGAGAAAAGUAUGGCUUCCUCCUGGCCGCUAUGAACUACUGCAAAAGUAUCGUACUAGUGGUAAUUGCAACACAAAUUUGCUCAGCUUGACAAAUGGAAUUUGUAUAUGCUGAUUUGCGUUGCUGGGAACGGAACGAGAUUUGUAAAAUGCAUGGCUGCAAUUACAACUACGAGUACGAUACUUUAGUACAUGAUAGACGCGGCCUUCUGUACGACGGAACUUUCGUCCUCGACGACGAAAAGUGCACAGGAUAACAGUCUGGAAAACGACGACAUCCCCCUGAACUACCGCGACGUCCUAUGAACUGCAAAAGUAUAAUCGUACUCGCAUAAAUGCAUUACAAAUUUCCUCAGCGUGAGAAAUGAAAUCUGUAAUGCUGAUUUACCUUAGCAAAAGGAUUUGUAAUGCAUCGUUGCAAUACGAGUGCGAUACUUUUGCACAGGAUACGUCCAGCUGUCGACCAAAUUGCUCGCCACCGCGAACGCCAUUACCGAGUUAUCAAAUUCAAAAUAAAAGGUCUGGGUCUGGAACAAAGCAACUUGUCAUGCUAAAUCUGAAUCAUGUAUAAAAUCUGUAUUGCAUGACUCCCAAGAAAAGCUGUCCACUUUUGACCUAAUCAGGAGGCAGUCGCAGUAGUUUCUCAUGCAGGAUAGGUAUGAUAGAAGUCCUCUCGCAGAAUCUGUCAUGCUAUGUCCUACAUACAAGACCUCAUGGGUCAUGGACAACCUGCGUGACAAGUCUGGCACUUCUCUUCCAAACCCAGACAUGUUUGCAGUUGAUACGAGUAUGAUGUCUACGACUUCCUCCUGAAGCACCCGCGGCGCUGCUGCACCCACCUCUUCCCCCGGGCGCACACCCAGUGGCUGCUGUUUCUGCAGUGUUUGCUGGUGUUCUCAUAUCACAGGAAAAAAGUGUUACAGUUACACAUUUGUUGGAGUUUCUGCAUCACAAAGUUGCUCGACAUGGCCCAGAAAGCUUGUGAUGCGCAGACUGUAAGGGAAAAUACGAAUGAAAUGAGGCUUGCAAGCAUCUCCUGCAUGACAAAGGUUGUCUGUCUUGCUUGUCUUCCUUCAGAGUGUGUAACUGUAACACUUUUUUUUCCAGGAUAUCUCACUCUUGGCCUGCAUGUUGGGCUUCGACUGGGAAGGGCCGGCAUUUGGGCAGAUUGUGCGGGCGCCGCGGGGACGAGGAGACGGAGACCCUCCACAGGACAAGAAACAGGACGACAAUAGCGACAGUGUAGAAGGAGCUGCCCCUUACUUCCGGAGUGCAUCAUCUUCAUCUUCAAGCACGAAGUACGCACACCCAAACGAGAACGCCUCGCUGCAAGACGAGGAACCCGCGGAGACGCCGUUCUGGCUAUGAACUGCAAAAGUAUCGUACUCGUAUAAAUGCAUUACAAAUUUCCUCAGCAUGAGAAAUAAAAUUUGUAAUGCUGAUUUACCUUAAGCAAAAGAUUUGUAAUGCAAGAAUUGCAUUAAUUCGAGUACGAUACUUUUGCACAGGAUACUGGCUGAAAUUCAGCAAUGCGUUGCUCCAGUCGGCUUCGAGUCGACUAUCCACAGGAAAUUUCCCGUACAAGUACAAAUCGGGUUUCUGCAUGACAAAACUUGCCUUCAAUCCUAGUGCAGCAUGACAAGCUGGGCUCUGCAAGGUAGCGAAAUUUGUCAUGCAUUUUGUACAUGUACAGGAAAUUUACAUUGCAUACCGAACGACUGGGUGCAACAACAUCGACAUGAACGAGUUGUUAUCCUGUGCAAAAGUAUCGUACUCGUAGUAAUUGCAUUCAUGCAUUACAAAUUUUUUUCUUAAGGUAAAUCCGCAUGACAAAUUUUAUUUCUCAUGCUGGGGAAGUUUGUAAUGCAUUUAUACGAGGACGAUACUUUUGCAGUUCAUAGCUGUCUUUGCCGUCUUUGUGGCUAGUUCUGGUCUGCAUGUACAUCUCGAUGUCGCCGACAGUUGUGGUAUUCACAGGAAAUUUCCCGUACACGUACAAGUGUGGUUUCUGCAUGACAAAACUUGCCUGCAAUCCUAGUCCAGCAUGACAAGUUGGGCUCUGCAAGGUGGCGAAAUUUGUCAUGCCUUUUGUACAUGUACAGGAAAUUUACAUUCCAUAUAUGGUAAUGCGGUACACCAGCAUUUCCUCCGGCGGGAUAAACUAUCGUGUGCAAAAGUAUCGUGCUCGUAGUAAUCGCAGCCAUGCAUUACAAAUCUCUAUUCCAAGGCAAAACAGCAUGGCAGAUUCCAUUUGUCAUGCUGAGCUAAUUUGUAUUGCAAUUACUACUAGAGCGAUACUUUUGCAGUUCAUAUACACGAUUUGAGUCUGCCCUUCGCCCCGGGAGGAAUCCAGGCGGAUCAGUCUUCGCCGGAGGAAAUGAGCCCGGAGGAAGAGGAGGCGGAAGAUAACGCGCCGGUUAAAAAAGGCCUGAAACACGAAGAGGAUGGCACGCAAAUCAAAGGAAAACAAGCAAGCUCUCCUGGAACAACAAAAGAAGCUGCUGCAAGGUCACCGCGUACAGAAGCUGAAGCGGCUGGUCGUCGUGAAGAAAGGAACGACAAUGAUAUGCGGGCCACAACGCAAAUGGACACAAUUGACAUGAAGAAGGCUCUCCUCGACAAGCCCCAGAAGCCGGAAGGCGAAGCACAAGAAGCAGGCACUAAUUUAAUCGAAGGAGCAGUACCAGUAGAAGAUGAAAACAGGCCCGGUGAGAAUGAGAAUGAAAUCCGGUCGGAGCCUGAGGAGAGAGUUCUUCUGGAAGCAGCUGCGGAGAAGCACAAGCAGGGAACUCAGAGUCCACCAGAACGAGAAGUCGACCCGCUAGAGCGACUGCGAAUUUCGCAAGCUGUAUCCUGUGCAAAAGUAUCGUGCUCGUAUUGCAAUCAUGCAUUACAAAUCCUUUUCUUAAGGUAAAUCAGCAUAUACAAAUUUGAUUUCUCAUGCUGAGGAAACUUGUAAUGCAUUUAUACGACGAGUGCGAUACUUUUGGUUUUGCUAUGCAUAAGCUGGUGAUGACGAUGCUGAUCGAAAUAAACUUCCCGAUGAAGCAGUUCGUCGUAGCCCAGCAGCGGUACUAUCGGGGGCAUCAGUCACAACAUCCUCGCAGCUCCUCCAAGUCCCUGUAAUAUCGAAUAAGGUCCAACAUCAUCAAACAAUCACCGCGAAUAGCACACCACGCUCCGGUCCCAUAUGCGAUGCAAACGUAUCGUACAACAAGUUACAUAGUAGGAAUAGCAAUACAAACUUGCUCAGCAUGACAAAUGGAAUUUGUCAUGCUGAUUUGCCUCAGGGAAGAAAUUUGUAAUGCAUGACUGCGAUGAGAAGUACAGUACUAAUACGUACGAUACCUGUGCUGCUUUUCAUAUCGCAGCGUGACCAGCAACGUCGACGACCACGAUGCAACCUCGCUGCAUCGUGUAUCCUGUGCAAAAGUAUCGUACUCGUAUUGCAAUCAUGCAUUACAAAUCCUCUUGUUAAGGUAAAUCAGCAUUACAAAUUUUAUUUCUCAUGCUGAGGAAAUUUGUAAUGCAUUUAUACGAGUACCAGGAUACUUCUGCGGUUCAUAUCGUGCCUCGAGCAACGAAAAUUUGAGCGUCGGCGGGAAUUCGCUGCACAUUCCGACGUCUUCGGGUGAGGAUGAGGAUCCUGCAGCAGAGUCUCGUCGUGCAGGUGCAGCAACUUUGCAGCAGGACAAGAAAGUUUCCACGAUUCUUAACGCAGCUGCAAGUGCAACUACAGCAGGGGCAAGAACGAAAAACGAUUUAGUUCGUCAGGACGAGAACCCCAUGACCAAAAUAAACAACACUCGAACAAAGACCACCAUGCAGAAGUUGCAGACAGGACACGACACCGAGGACAGCCCUGUGGACCAUAAGGAGCUAAAGAAACGCCGUUCGCCAGGAGCAGCUUUUGUUUCAUCCGACGCAGGGUCAAAUGCCAGCAGCUCGGGAAAAAAUUCCGGAACAACAUCUACGACCAAGGGCUUGGCUGCAGCGGGGGGAGAAGCACAAGCAGUCGUACCUGCAGCCCGCCCUAGUCUUGCGACGAUGGCCAGCAAGCUGUUCGGGCGCGAGUCCACCCUCGCCCUGGAUAAUAUGAAUUGCAAAAGUAUCGUACUCGUAUAAAUGCAUCACAAAUUUCCUCAGCAUGAGAAAUAAAACUUGUAAUGCAGUUUUGCCCUAAGAGCAAGAUUUGUAAUGCAUGUUUGCGAUUACUAGGAGCGCGAUACUUUUGCACAGGAUAGAUAACGACAAGGAGCGAAAAACGCAGUUUGUUGAAGACCAGGAGGCGGUGGAGGGGAUUGACAUCAUGGGCGGCGACGGUGCAAUAUCAAAUGUAAAAAUGUCUGUGUCUGGAAGAUUCUGAGACUUGUCAUGCAUAUUUUGCAUGGCCCAGGAUGUCUGUAAUGCACGACCUAGCAUCACAGAUUUUUAGACGGCUUUCUGAUGCCUACUCCGCAUGACAGACGCCCUUCCCGUGUAGCACAAACUAGACUCCUCUUGCUGGUCAUGCAAUACAAAUUUUUUUAGAGUCCAAAGUUAGCAUCACAAGUUCUAACCUUCCAGAGGACCCAGUCACUUUUACGAUUUGAUAUGCAACUGGGGCCAACGUCAACGACGGCGCGGGCGAGGUGCGGAACACUACCCUGUGCAAAAGUAUCGCACUCGUAUUGCAGUCAUGCAUCACAAAUCUUUUUCUCAAGGUAAAUCCGCAUUACAAAUUUUAUUUCAUCUCAUGCUGAGGAAAUUUGUAAUGCAUUUAUACGACAGUGCGAUACUUUUGCAGUUCAUAAACACUUUGCGGUCGCAAAUUCGCUACCACAUGUUGCAGCACACGGUGUUUCUGGUGAUUGUGAUUUUCGCAGUGUUGACUUUCGAGACGACCAUUCCGAAGAGUCACUCUGGUUUCAAUCACAUUCGGAAAAUGCGGAACGCCGAGCGCUACCGUGGUUUGAGGCAAGACUACGGGUACUUUCACGGCGAAAACUACGGCAACAACGUCGGGAGGAGAUUCGCGGAUAGUGAGAAAAAUGCUGAAAAUCCGGCAAACAGGAUCUUCGGCACUGACGAGCCGGAGCAGACGACCCGGAGCGGCGGGGAACACCAGGUGCAAAAGAAAGACAGUCUUGCUGCUGGGAAAAACCGUCGAGAAGAUGAAGAUAUGAAGAUUCCGUUUCCGGGUAGGAGAAGCACGGUAGUACCUGUGGAAAGUGCGAAGAACAAAUCCGACGGCGCGGAUCCAACCUUCAUUUCAAACUACAAGUGGAAUAGAACCACAAGAGGAGCACCAGCGGGUCGUGAACCUGCUGCAGAAAAGCAGCGAACCAGCGUCCAGCAUACGUGGUCGCACGAAGAAGAUCUGAAAAACACGACGCUGCACAUAGGCGGUGAUGUGCGCUACCAGCAGCACGAGAAGAACUACACUGGGCCCGGCAGCACCCGGAAGAUAAACCACACAGUCGUCGCUGAGGCCGUAGUUGCAGGUCAGGGUAAAAAACGUCGGGCGCAAGGAUUUUAUUUCGAAGGCAAUCUUCGCGCCGGAGAGUUUGUAGACCCAGAAACUAUGCUGGGCGGAGAAGAUCCAGGCUACAAUCCCCCGCCGCCCCUCCACAACAUUUUGACCAUUACCUACGACCCACCUAGCACCGAUAUUACCAACAGAACGUCCUCAACUUCGAAAGGAGGUGGCGAACGCCACAUCGACAAGAUUGUGGUGGACCAGUCUGUAUGAAAUGCAAAACUAUCGCACUUGUUCUCGCAAAUGAAACUAUCGCGCUGACGCAGGCAUCAGUUAUUGUGUGCAUGAUAGCUUUAUCGGAACAAGCUUCGUCACAAAUUUCGCUUGUAGUUUGUCAUGCGAUUUUUUACAUGCAAUUUCAGGCAAGACGAUAGUUUUACGAUGCAUAGUCUACACAAAACUUUGGCGAGCCGGUGGCGAACAAUGACGUUCCUUUCUUCAAGCUGAUCUACGAAAUCAUCUCCGCGUAUGGCAUGGUCGGGUACAGUAUGCAUUGGCAUUGCAAAUAAAGCAUCGCGCUCGUACUUUUACGUAGAGAAUGUAGAACUAAUGGAAAUUGCAUACUCAUACAAAUUUUCCCAAGAUGAACAAAGAACGCAAUCUGUGUUGCUGGAGAAGGCAAUUACUUAGAGUUUUGUCAUGUAGCAUAUCUAUGUUGCACCACUUAGUACAAUACGAGUACGGGCGCAAGAACAUUUUUGCACCGGACAUACAGCUUGUCUGGCGGGAAGGUGCUGCAAGUGAGCCCGGCCCAGUUGCCAAAUGGGGAGUUUAUCGAGCGACUGGUUUUGUACGUCGACAACCCAGCCUCGUUUUCCGCGUCCUGGACCGCGUGGAGCAAGAUCUGGCUGUGUAUCGUGAUGCUGUUGGGCCGACUCCGCGGGUUGCCCGACUCGAUUGACCCAAGCGUGGCGAUGACCAUGCCGACGAGAGCUACGAAAAUGGUCGCGGGGGGAGCUGCGGGAGGUGCUGAGUAGAGUUGACACCGACGUUUUCGAGGAGAUGAAGUUGGUAUAAUGAAGAUCACAUAUAGUUUUAGAAGAGGCGAGGACAAAGUCAUGACGAGAUCAAAGAUUGGAUCUUGAUUCUUGUAGUUCUUACACGACAAAAAUGGCUAGUCUACCACUUGUGUUCGAAGAUGUAGCUCCAGUCAGAGGCUGCAAGAACGGGGCUGAUAAUGAUUGAAGUGUCCAGGUUUGAUGAUUGAAGUGUCCAGCUGCUCUGUUGCUGCCGCGCCGUCGAGUGUGAGGCCGCUAGUGGACGCGAAGCAGAUAAUGGCGAUGGAGUCGAACUCGUCACCCUCACAGUCACAUUCCAUGAGCGCUUAUUUCCGAUUCAGGAGCCGAGCAUGAGAUCACAAUCAACGAG